AUGGCCGCGCCGACAUCGACGUCCGCAGAGCUCACGCCCCCUCCGCCGGCGCACUUACCCGGCAAUGCGUACCAGGAUCCUACUGCAAUCCAGGAGGAGGCACCUAAUUCUUCCGACGAUGAGCGCGAAGCCACGCAGCUUCGUUCGUACUCUACUGCCUCUGAUGGCACACGACGCCGAAGACGGGGAACAUUAGAGGCACGGGCAACGCACAGCACCGGGAGCGGUAUCCAGAGCCAGACUUCCAGGAAUCAAAGAGGAGGCCUUUGGGGAUCAAUCCAGACGUGGUGGCGGCGCCAGAUCAGCGUCACAGUCCCCGCCGCAGCCAUGAGGGACCACCUGGCCCUUGAACGUACCUUCCUAGGCUACCUCCGCACCUCCAUUGCGCUGUCCAUGGUCGGCGCCUUGAUCGCGCAGCUCUUCCGCCUGCAGCCAAGCCCGAAUCCGGAUCCGGUGCUCGGCUACUUUGUGCUUGGCAUUCCGCUCGCUGCGGUCUUCAUCUGUGCUGCGAUUGUGGUGACUGUGCUGGGCGCGUGGAGGUUCUGGCGGCAGCAGAAUGCCAUGGUGAGAGGCAGGAUUCAUGCGGGCGGGUGGGAGAUUUUGGUUAUUAUGGUUGGAUCUCUGCUGAUCUGUUUCGCACUGUUUGCGUUGUCGGUAGUCAUUGAUAUCAGAAAAUCGUAUUAG